CCACCGUCUAAUUACACGAUUACUGAGUUUUAUAUAAAGUUUGGACCCUCCUCCCGCCAUUGACAGUGUCACAGUAAGAAAGAAUCUCUCAUCCUUUCCUUUGUGUUUGUGGUGUGAAAUUAGUAAUGGCUUUGGCUCUGCCAUUGCCGCCCUUGAAAUUAUUGUCCUCAGCCUUAGCAGCAGCAUCAUCAUCUCAAGAGUCAUCCUCUUCCUCUUCUCUUUCUUCCUUUAGCUACCGACCUGCUGUUAUUCUUCCAGGCUUGGGGAACAACUCUAGUGACUACAAGAAGUUGGAGGCUACUUUGAACGAGCAGUACGGCGUGCCCACCCUGGUUGCCAAGGUCUCAAGGCUUGAUUGGCUCAGAAAUGCCGCCGGUUUGGUAGACCCCAACUACUGGCGUGGAACUCUCCGUCCUCGCCCUGUCCUGGAUUGGUACUUGAAGAGAGUUGAUGAAGCUGUUCUGGAGGCUAAGGAGCUGGCUCAAGAUGCUUCACAUUGGUUUCGUUGCCAACUCAUGGUAGGAAACGGCUCUUCUUCUCUCACAGGUGGGACUUUAUCCUUGAUUGGACACUCAGCUGGAGGAUGGCUUGCUCGUGUUUACAUGGAAGAAUUUGGACUGUCUGAUAUCUCCUUGUUAUUGACUCUUGGAACCCCCCACCUUCCACCUCCCAAAGGUCUGCCAGGGGUUAUUGAUCAAACAAGGGGUCUUUUGGACUAUGUUGACAAACAUUGCUCUAAAGCCGUGUACAAUCAUCAUUUGAAAUAUGUAUGUAUUGCUGGGAGGUAUAUCCAGGGGGCUCCAUUUUUUGGCAGUUCAAUUGCAAAUGUUGAGUCUGUGAUUCCUAAUGACAAUGCUGAGGUUGCUGUUGUUAAUGAUGUCGACACAUCAGCAUCAAAUGCGACAACCUUGCGUGCUCGCCUUGUUGGCCAAGGUUACAAGCAGGUUUGUGGACAGGCAGAUAUAUGGGGUGAUGGGGUUGUGCCGGAAGUGUCAGCGCAUCUAGAAGGUGCAUAUAACAUCACCCUGGAUGGAGUUUACCACUCACCAGUUGGUUCAGAUGAUGCAUCAAGACCAUGGUACGGUUCUCCUGUCAUUGUUGAAAAAUGGAUACACUAUCUCCUCAACUAAUGAUGGAUGUGAAAGCUAUUGAAUGGGAGAUCACGAUUAUUCGUUCUUGAUCUAUGGAAGAUACUCCUACUUUUAGUGGCUUUUAACUCAUUAAGAAGCGUAGGUUGCAAUAUUCUUUUGACAUCUAGAAAAUCUUCGUCGUGUUCAGUUCAUUACGAAGUCAUGUUUUUGCUUUCUAUAGUAUUCUUUGUGAGAUUCAUUUUCUUCCAUGUGAAGAGGGAAGUAGAAAAGCCAUUUACUUUGUCUUGUGCCUCGUAAGCUUAACAAAUCCAUCCUCAGAAGAUAGUUGUGCAGCAAGUGAGAAUGUGCUUCCAAGUUGCUAUGUAUUGUAUUGCAUGACAUCAUGUUUAUGUGUCUAUCCGUUAGGUUUGUCAGUUAUUUGCAUUUUAAUGUGUCAAGAUUUCGGUUUGACUAAUGUGUAGUUAUAACUCGUUAGUAUCAGUUAUUUGUAGCUGUAUUGGAUUAUAUAAUCCAUGUACGUUUCAAAAGCAAUAUGUAGAAGAAAGUCGUGACUUUAUGUACUUGGGAGAGUGACUUCUCAAACAAUUGAUUAUGUUGAAUUUUAGUAUGUUUAUUGAGA